CUGAGGACUGAGGACUCAGCCUCACUGUUACAGCGUCUAUGUUUCCAAAUGUUCCUUUAUACCCCGUCUCUGUUAUGCAGAGGGGAGGCAACGUGCCUGUGGCCUGCAGGAAAGUGAGGACAGUCCACGCGAUAAUGACGUUCAACGUUCUCGUCUGUCUCCUGAUAGGCCUGCUGUGGAACCUCGGACCCGACAAACCUGGCCGCCAUGUGGUGCAGAUCCCGUCUGGGAGGUUUUGGCGCCCACAGGUCCUGAGCACGGCGUUCUGGAACAAGGAGCAGCAGCGCCUAGACUUCAUCCACAACCCUCUCUUCCUCUCAGAUGGCCAGCUGCCUGGUUGGCUGAACGACACCAGGCCACGCGACCCCUGUGAACCAGACCACAGGGUUCUCAAACAGAUCUCGGACUACAACUCCCUGCCCGGCCGAUUCCAGGAUUUCCUUUUGCACAUGCGCUGCAGGACGUAUCACAUGCUGAUAAAUCAGCCUCGCGUCUGUGAUGAAAAACCCUUCCUGUUGCUGGCGGUCAAGUCUCUGGUACCUCACUUUGACCGCCGGCAGGCUAUUCGUGAAACAUGGGGACGCCGCGGCGUCUUCGCCAAUCGGACAGUGGUCACGGUGUUUCUGCUCGGUCACGCCAUGUCUGUAGACCACUUCCCAGACCUGCUGGAGAUGCUGGUCCACGAGGCGGACCUUUACAAAGACCUCCUCCAGUGGGACUACAGGGACACCUUUUUCAACCUCACUCUAAAGGAGGUCCUCUUCCUGGAGUGGUUUAGUCAAAACUGUCCCCACGCAAAGUUCAUCCUCAAGGGAGAUGACGACGUCUUCGUCAACACCUAUCGGAUAAUUGAGCACCUUGAAGGCGUGUCAGAGACUAAGGCCAGAGAUUUCUUUAUAGGAGAUGUAAUCAGUAACGCUGGCCCACACCGGGACAGGAAACUCAAGUACUUUAUCCCUGAGAGUGUGUUUGUGGGGCAGUACCCGCCGUACGCCGGCGGCGGUGGAUACCUGUACUCUGGCCAUUUAGCGCUACGCCUUUACAACGUUUGCCGCCAGGUAGCCUUGUAUCCCAUCGAUGACGUGUACACGGGAAUGUGUCUGAUGAAGCUGGGUCUGGUUCCAGAGAAGCACGAUGGCUUCAGGACAUUUGACAUCGACGAGAAGUACCGGUCAAACACGUGCGUCUACAGGAGACUGAUGUUGGUUCACAGCCGGACACUGCGGGAGAUUCUGAGGAUUUGGUCGUGGAUUGUUCAUCCUGAGCUGGUGUGUCAGUGAAGUCAGCGUCAUUGAAAAGCACCUUAAAGUGGUGUGGGUCUUUUAGGUGUGGUCAUAUGAGGCACUGACACAAAGUUUGGCAGUGUGAGCGCCUCCAGUUUGAGUCACGGAUGCUCACUUUCCCGGAAAACAAGGAAAAAACUGAUUUCAACCAUUUACAAAGUAAUAAAAAUCUACUACAA